GCCGGCUGGCCCUUAAAGGGACAGGGGCACCCUCUUCCGCCACUGACCGGUCAAGCCACCAUGGGCCUCCCCCUGCCCUCCCACCUCCAGGAGGCACCUUUGCCCGCAGUCUGGCUUGUUGGAUUGAGGUCCAGCUAGCCAAGGAGGGAUGGUGGUCAAGCCGGAGGCGGAUGCCAUGGGCUUGUUGCCGCCUGCUGACGGGGUGAGAGGUCGCGUCCCGAGGAAACCUUCCCUUCUAUGGGUGCCCCCCUCCCUCUCUUGCACCAGGAGGCAGGAAGAGCCUGGCUGGAGGGCACGGAAGGAGCCUUUCCCUCGGAGGGACGCGUCCGCUGCAGCCACCGCCGCAGAGGCUCGGGGGCUCCUCUAGAGUCGCGGCCCGAAGCCCCAGCCAGUCAAAUGCACCCAGACAAUAAACUGACCAGCCAUGGAAAGACCACAGGUAACGGCCCGGGCGCCCCCUCCUCCCAGCCCCACCACGUGAGCCACAGCCCCACCUGCAACCUGGGCACCAAGGGCGGUGGAGGCGGAGGAGGAGGCGGCCACGGCGGGGGGACAGGCGGCCACGGCGGAGGUGCCGCCGGAGGCAAUGGCGGCAGCAAGGUCGGCAACCCCGGCAGACUGAAAAGCGGCCCGGCCCCCAGCCCCGCCUUUGGGGGCGCGAAGGGCAAAGCCAAGCGGGAGAGGAGUGUCUCGGUGGACUCGGGAGAGCGGCGGGAAGCCGGCCCGGCGGCCACCACACUGGACAAGGAGCCGACAGGAGAAGUGGCCCCUCGGAGCAAGCGCCGCUGCGUCCUGGAGCGGAAGCAGCCCUACAGCGGGGACGAAUGGUGCUCCGGACCGGACAGCGAGGAGGACGAGAAGCCGCUGGGCGGCGGCACCCACAACUGUAACGUAGCAGAGUCGGCAAUGAGCGCUGGCUCCCAGCUGGGCCCUGGAUCCAACGCGCUGCCAGCCCUGAGCGAGAGCAACGCCACCGGCCCAACGCACAGCAGCGGCCCGGGUCUGCGGCCGGACGCCGGCAAUGGUGGAGGGAAGCCACCACUGCAGUUUGUCUAUGUCUUCACCACGCAUCUGGCCAACACGGCCGCAGAGGCUGUCCUUCAGGGCCGUGCGGAUUCCAUCCUGGGCUACCACCAGCAGCAUGUGCCCCGGGCAAAGCUGGACCAGCAGGUCCCCCUCCCGAAGGUCCAGCCCACCCCGGAGCCGCUGCCCAUCACUCCGUCACCUGCCGGGACUCCCCACGCACCGCCCACCAUGCCGCCCAGCAGUCAGGCCCAAGGCCCACCGCCACCGCCUCCUCCAGGGACGCCUUCCCAGCCCACGUCAGCCCCCGCCCUGCAGGCCCUGGGACAAGGGCCCCUCCCCCAGGAGGGUCCUCCUGAGGAUGGCUGCCAGGAGCUGACACCCAACUCCGUGGGGCACGGCAGCAAUGGCAGCGCUGCGCCUGGGGGCACCCACCCCAACACGCCCACCGCGCCUGGCCCCUUGCCCUCCGGGGGGCCAGACAGCCUGCUGGGUGAGGGGCCCAACCCUGGGGCCCCUUCUACUGGGAAUGGACCGCGCAGUGCCCUCAACACAGAAGGACUCUCCAAGGAGCAGCUGGAGCACCGGGAGCGCUCCCUACAGACCCUGCGGGACAUUGAGCGCUUGCUCUUGCGCAGCACUGAGGCCGAGCCCUUCCUCAAGGGGGGGCCUGGGGGUGGUGAUGGGGGGCCUCUUCCCCCACAGGGGGGGCCUCCGCCACAGCCCCCACAGGCACCCCCUCCACCACCCCCGGGGCCUGGCCUGAAGAAGUACGAAGAGCCGCUGCAGUCCAUGAUUUCGCAGACCCAGAGCCUGGGGGGACCUGGGUUGGAACCAGAGGGGCCACCGGUGCCCCCUGGAGUGGACAUGGGGCAGCAGAUGAACAUGAUGAUGCAACGGCUGGGCCAGGACAGCCUGACGCCGGAGCAGGUGGCCUGGCGCAAGCUGCAGGAGGAGUACUAUGAGGAGAAGCGGCGCAAGGAGGAGCAGGUGGGCAUGCACGGCGGGCGGCCCCUCCCGGACAUGAUGCUGCCCCAGCCCAUGGGGGGCAUGAUGCUGCGUGGGCCCCCACCCCCCUACCACAGCAAGCCUGGAGAGCAGUGGCUCCUGCGCGGCGUGCCCAUGGAGAUGCAGGAGCAGAUGCAGCUCCGAGCACCCUUCGGUGGGCCCCGUUUUGCAGGCAACCAGAUGCAGAGGGGCUUUGGUGGCAUGCAGAACCUGCCUCUGGAAUCGCUGGGCCCCAUGGGCCCCAUGCAGCGGCCAGUAAGGCCUGGCAUGACCUGGAGCGAAGAGAUGCCCCCCAUGGCGGGGCCAGGCAACUUUGGCCCGGGGAACCUGCCAUACCCACCACAGGGCGAAGCCGAACGCUUCCUGACGCCGCGUGCAAGAGAGGAGAUGCUGCGUCACCAGCUGCUGGAGAAGCGCCAGGGCGGGAUGCAGCGCCCGCUGGGGAUGGAGAUGGAGCGCAUGAUGCAGACACACCGGCAGGUGGAUCCAGCCAUGUUUGCCGGGGAAGGUCUGGGCAUGGAGUUUGGGGCGUCGCGGGCCAUGCUGAGCCCUCCCCUGCGGGACAUGGAGCCGGGCCUGGGCCCCCCGGGAAACCUCAACAUGAACAUGAACGUCAACAUGAAUAUGAACAUGAACUUGAAUGUGCAGAUGACACCUCAGCAGCAGCAGAUGCUGAUGUCCCAGAAGAUGCGCGGCCCGGAGAUGAUGCCUGCGGAGGAGAUGGGUCGGGUGCGCGCCCCGAAUGGCACUCAGGCCAUGAUGGGUGUCCCUCAGAAAAUGAUGAUGGGCUCCCCAUUCCCUGGCCAGGGGGGGCCACCCCAGCCCCAGCCGCCGUCUCAAGGCUUCCCAACCGUGCAAGGUCCCUACCCUGCUGUUCCGCAGGAGAUGGGGGGUGCGCCGGACAUGUUUGGCCCGGAGCCGGGUGGCAUGGGGAGCACCACACGGCUCACCCACAUCCCACUGCCCACCACCUCCGGCGCCCCCUCCGGUAAUAUGCACCCAGCACCUGUGCGCGGCCUGGGCCGGCGGCCCUCCGACCUGUCCCUCAACAUGGGGCAGAUGCACUCCCCCGGCAUGGGCCGCCUGAAGUCCCCCACCCUCAGCCAGGUCCACUCCCCACUGGGCGCAUCCCCCUCGGCCAGCCUCAAGUCCCCGCAGACGCCCUCCGCCUUGGUUGCGCUGCCAGCCACCGGCACCACCAACGCCCCGAUGAAGUCGCCCCAGGUGCUCAGCUCCGUGCUCAGCGUCCACUCGCCCACCGGCUCUCCCAGCCACCUCAAGUCCCCGUCCAUGGCGGUCCCGUCUCCAGGGUGGGCACCUUCCCCCAAGAACGCCCUCUCCAGCCCCGGCAUCGGGCAGAGCAAGCAGACCCUCGGGAUGAGCAACUCUGUGCCCCUGGGCAGCAUGGAGCAAGGUGCCAUGGCUCCUGGUCCUCGGAGCAGCUCCUCCGCCCCUCCAAGCAACACCACCGGGCCCCUGAACCCCAACCUGCCUUUUCCUUCCUCCCCAGAUCCACCCCCAUCCCAGAACCCCUUGUCCCUCAUGAUGUCCCAGAUGUCCAAGUAUGCCAUGCCCAGCUCCACCCCGCUCUACCACAACGCCAUCAAGACCAUCGCCACGUCUGAUGACGAAAUGCUUCCCGACCGGCCCAUGCUUCCGCCCGGCACCAUGGCAGGUUUGGGAAGCAGCCAGCCGCCCAACCAGAUGCACCUCAACUCUGUGGGGCCGCCCCCUUCCCAAAGCCCCAUGGGCAUGAACCUGCCAGGGCAGCAGCCGCUCUCCCAUGAGCCCCCACCCCCCACGAUGUCCUCGCCGAGUCCCUUGGGUGCCAACCUUCCCAUGCACGGCAAUGUGCCCCCACAGAACCCAAUGAUGCUGCCCUCGGGGCCUCAGGAGUGCGGCCCUCCCGGCCAGAUGGUCUUCCCCCCGCGCCUCCAGCAACCCCCCAGCAAUGGUGGUGCCGGCAUGCCCAUGGGUCCCGGAGGAGGCGGAGGAAAUGGCAGCGGUCCAGAGUUGCCGCAGCACUACCCGCCUGGCCUGGGGCUGCCCCCUGAGGAGCUCCCCCCUCCACAGCCAGGACAGAUCCCCCCUCCGCCGCCACAGCCACAGCAGCGCAUGGCCGGGAGACUGCCGGAGCCCUACCCACCCUCGGUGCUCCCCGGCGUGGCCUCAGUGCUGAACGACCCGGACUUGAGUGACGUGAUCCGCCCGACGCCCACUGGCAUCCCCGAGUUCGACCUCUCGCGCAUCAUCCCUUCGGAGAAGCCCAGCAGCACGCUGCAGUACUUCCCCAAAGGAGAGGGGCCCGGGGGUGUGCCCAAGCCCCCACCACCCCCUUCCAACCUGCACCUCAUGAACCUGCAGAACAUGAUGGCGGAGCAGGUCCCGGCCCGGCCUGGCCCCCAGGGCAUGCAGCGCGGCAUGGGCCUGUGCCACCCGGGACAGGUGCCCAUGCUGGGCAGGACAGGCCUCCCACCGCAGCAGCAGCAGGCGGCCAUGUUGGGCGGGGGCGGCAUGCACCAGGCUAUGAUGCUGCCCCAGCAGAACCUCCUGGCCCAGCAGAACUUCCUGCUCAUGCAGGCCAAGCAGCGGAGCAUGUCCGUCUCGGGGGAGAUGUACCCGCAGCCGGGCGGGCACAUGAUGUCCCCGCAGGGCUCGCUCAUGGGUCCCCCGCCCCAGCAGAACCUCAUGCUCUCCCACCCCAUGCGCCAGCGCAGCGUCUCCCUCGACGGCCAGAUGGGCUACGGACCGGGCACUGGCGGCAUGGCCAACUUGCCUUUCUGAAGGGACCCUUUUGCCGCAGGAGCGCGUCGUGCUGGCUCCACCUCUGCCCCGGCACGGAGUUUGGUUUGAACCUCUCCUCUGAGUCCGGAUUCGUCUCCUCUCUUCCUCUUGUUUUUGAAAAAAUGCAACCAAAAUGCGCAAGAGGGUUCGGAGCAGCUGUAAAUAGCAGGGAGCAACAGCAAAGAGUUGCUGGCUUGGAUUUGUUUGUAUUUCUGUGUUUUAAUAGAAGCCUCAAAAUAA